AUGUUUCAAGAAUCGACAACACGUCCGGAUGACGUCGCUUUAAUCAUGUACACAUCUGGUACCACUGGAGCGCCAAAAGGUGUAGUCCUGCUGCAGAAGAACAUUGUCGCCGCCGUUUGUGGACAAACGAACGGCGUCGGGAUCAUAGGUCAUACUGACACCUACAUCGGCUAUCUUCCUUUGGCGCAUAUUCUUGAACUCGAUGCUGAAUUGACAGCAUUGUGUUGUGGAUGCAGG